AUGACUAUGACAUUAGACUCCCAGCAGCGAUUCGGACCCUUGAACACCUUCGACCAUAUGUCUUCCUACGCAACCUCUUCGACUUCUCCCCAGUUCUCAAACCCCUGGGGCAACACCACGUCGUCGCCCCAAGCGCCCAAUGGCUUGUACGCGGUCGGCCACGGUCAUGGCCUUGGCUCGGGUUUGGGUCUAGACAGGUCACAUACUGCUCGGACUAGCACCAGCAGUAAUGCCUCGUCUAUGGGUUCUUAUGGCCAGAUCCCCGUGACAGCAGCUUCAGCAGGUAGCCUCCCCAUGGCAGACCCUCUGCCUAGGACGGACUUACUCACCGUUCCCCAAGAUCUUCUCAGUAUCAACCGCAUGGCUGCCACUUCGGCCCCUGCCUAUGGCGACGCUCCCUAUGCGACGGCAGCCUCCCCCGUUAACGGUUCAUAUACCGCUUCGCCAACUCCUUACGAGACUAUGGGAUACGCCCCAGCUCCCAUGCGCUCUACCUUCGCUCUCGCCCCUGAACCCGAGCACUCUAGGAGAUUUUCUCACUCGUCAGUACCCUCAACUUCUCUGGUGAACGUACCAGACCCCAAUGUACUGGCCCGGCCCCAUCGAAACUCAAUGAUUGACUUUAACAACAGAGGACUCCAACACGAUGACCGAAGGAGCUUUGCAGACGCUCUUGACGCGAGCCACGGCAUGCUUGCCAUGAGCCAAGAGACCCCGCGCAAUAUUUACGGUGCACGCAGUGACCGCGGCUCCGGUGACUCCUACGGCUUCCCCUCCACGCACUCCACCAGCUCCUCCGUCUCAUCCGCUUCUGGAUUCGGCAACUACUACGGCGCCGACUCUGUUAGUGAUUACUCUACCGCUGGGUCUGACAUUGAGUCUGUCACCUCCCGCACGUUGCCUCGCCCCCACGGUCUCAUGGCACCUCAGGUUCCCCCAGCACCUCAAUCUAUGAUGGGUCAAUUUAGCUCAAAGGUAUCGUCGAGCACACAAAAGAAGCAUAAGUGCAAGGUUUGCGACAAGCGCUUCACCCGGCCCUCGUCCCUUCAGACACACAUGUACAGCCACACCGGCGAGAAGCCAUUUGCUUGUGAGGUUGAAGGCUGUGGCCGUCAUUUCUCUGUUGUAUCGAAUCUCAGACGUCACAAGAAGGUGCACAAGGGCGAUGCUAGGUCAGAGGCGGGAUCUGAGGAUCAUCACUCUGACUAA